CCAAAGAAAGGGACGGGCUGGCGUGAUGACGCGGGGCUCUUCCUUAACUCCCGCUUUUUAUUAUCUCGCCGAUCUGUUUUUGACAAGGCUGAGGGGGGAAACCACAUGUGCAAAUUCAGUGACACUGCGAUCAGUGACAGUAUGGCGAAGCUGCUGAAACUUGCCAUGAGGAUCCUUCUGCUCUUUCUCAGCACACUUUUAAUGGGCGUGUCUCCCCUGACACACGAAGAGGUAUUCGUCAGGGCAGGCGAGAUGGCAUCGCUGGUCUGCAAGGGGCAUUAUGGCAACAAUACCAAUACCACACACUGGAAAAGUGACACCAACCAGGAGUUCAACAACAUGUCGGCGGCUGAGCAGAGGCAGAUGGGCGUGGUGGUUUAUGAGAACAACCUUGUGAUUCUCAAUGCGUCCGUAAACCAUCAAGGGAAUUACUCGUGUUCUCUAGACAGGAAUUUCAGGGGCCAGUUCACGCUGAGAGUUUACGCACCUCUGUCCGGAGAGUAUGAAGAGAAGCUUCAGUACCCUUCAAAAUGUAUUGCGCAAAAGUUCUGCACACUGAAUUGCCCAGAUGUCAAUACCCCUGCUGUAAUUUUUACCAGCAGUGGCAUCACAUGGCACAAGGUCAACGGUGAGUCUUUUCUAGAAGACGGCCACUUGUCAAAGGUAGAAAUGAAAGAUGGGGGUAUCUACACCUGCACCCGGUCCUACCUGUAUGGCGGACAAAUAUAUAACAUGACCUUUAUAGUGGCACUUGAUGUCCAGCAACAUGAGAACCCAGGGAAAGCCGCAGUAAUCACUUCACCACAGGAGGGUGAAGUGAUUCAAGUAGAGCUAGGCUCCCGAAAGGAGAUUGAUUGUGAAGCUGUGACAUACUCAUGCCAUGAAUCCCUAUUCUGGCUGGAUGGAAAGGGCUUUCCGUACACAGAGGAAAAACCAUGCAAAAACGAAAGCGAAAGCCACUUCAAAAUGAAAGUCACUCUAGUCAUCAAAGAGGUUACAGAAAGUGACCUAUUAAAAAACUAUACCUGUAAACUGGAGGCUGAGAAUCAGGUCUCAACAUUUGUCAAGAUCAACCUGAUCCAAAAAGCCCGCCCCUCAUAUACGUCCCUAGUCGUUUGCAUCAUCUGCCUUGCAGCUGUAACGGUUGUGGUCGUAGUUGUCUAUGUGAAGUUUAAGGUUGACAUCGCUCUCUUCCUAAGAGGCACUCUUUCCUGGUGUGGCAGCGCAUCAGAUGGAAAAAGCUACGACGCCUUUUUGAUGUGUUACGAGAGCAACAUCGAGGACGGAUUAAACUCUCAGGACAGAAAAUGGCUGGAGAGCAUGUUGGAAGACAGAUUCGGUUACACUCUCUGUCUUCAUGAUCGUGACGUCUUGCCGGGGAAUCCUGUGGCAGAGGCAGUGUUGGACUGCGUAGAACGGAGCCGGACGGUGGUUUUGGUUCCCUCCUCUCCAGGUCCCGACCCAGGAUCUGGCCUGCUGAGUGCCAUCCACGCAGCCCUCGUGGAGCGUCAGACUCACUUGGUUUUCAUCAACACCGAGUCCACAGACGCAUCGAGAUCAGGUUCAUUACCAGAGGCCUUACAGCUUCUUAGCGAGGCUGGGGACCACGUCACCUGGAAGGGCAUGAAGUCGAUGCAUCCCUCCUCCUCCUUCUGCAAGCGGCUACGCUAUUACCUCCCUGCCCCACAGUGUCCACCAAAAAUAAACCUUUUACCGCAGACCGACCAAGGUGUUACAACACAAUACAAUGUGUAGCCAUGUUAGAAUUCAUAUAUCAUACCUGUUUUCAGCUCAAUAAAUGCCCCUCUUGUUUUGUUCCCUGUGUCACUAGGCUCAGGUUCUCUCUCACUUUAUUUUUUUAUUUUUUUUUAUUAACUGUUUUGUUUCAAAAAUCUAUUCACCUUUUAUUCUGAUAACACAAUAAAGCCCUAAAAAAACA